AAAAAUGUUAAAUGUUAAUGUUUGAACUACUGUAAGGGAUGAUGUAGUGCUUUAAAAACAAAUCUACACCCCCCCCUUCUUAAGGUUGGUUAAUUUAUUUCCCUAUUCUCUUUGGUUUGUGCAGUUAGGACAGUGUGGUUAGCUGCUGGCUGUGUUUGGCCAGAUUUUCUAAUCCCAGGAUAUGAAACCUUCCUCUGGGGUGAAACUGAACUGUAGGUAAUUUCUGUGUUUUGUCCUUGUGCCUGUGUGGCAGAGAUAGAGGAGCGAUACGGUCACAUCAUGGCAUUUUGUGGGGCUUUUGGGUUCUUGCCAGUUGGUAUAGAUUGAGCACUCUGCGUGUGUGACUGUAGUGUGAGCUUUAGCUGCAGCUAAGCUAGGGGAAAAAAUGGUUGUGGAUGGAUCAAACACUCUUGCACUGAGCAGAGAAAGAUGAGUGAUGUAGGUUUGUAAAGGCUGUUUACAUCUCUGGUCUCCCAGUUUGCUGGGGGCGGUUCUGCUGCUGCAGUUACAUUAGGCCUCACUGAUUUCAGAGGGGUUUUGUCGAAGUGAGUGCUUAGGAGUGGGGCCUUGAGUUUCUGGCUUCCUGAAAACAACUCUUGUAGCAGUUCAUUACCUGCCAGGUGGCACAUGAUCCCGCCUUAAGUUUACGAUAAAAUUGUAAUGUUGGUGAUGUGUAUGUUUGUCCUUUGCUGACCAAAUUCCUGUGAAAUACAGCUCUUCCAGAUACAAGCAGUCUUUACAGAAAGAGGACAAAUCAAUCUAACAAGCUCUAUUCUCUGAGCCAAGACUGAGGCAGAGCGGGGGAGGUGCGUGUAAGGCACAGUAAUGAGAGUGUAGUAGUAUUUCUUUACUGUAUUUUGGUACGUGGGGACUCUUGUCAAUAUUUUUGGUAUAAUCUGUUAAAAUUUUGUUUCCUUUGAACAGGACUAGAAGAAUAAAGAGAAGUUUAAUUCAUGAGAACGAUAAGAGAGCUUACAACAGUUUGGAAUGGAUUGAUUUAUGAUACCUCUGAUAUGUGAGAGCUACGUUUUGUGUUGCUGUUGGCCAGCUGCUGCUGGCGGACUUCAGCUGACUUCAUUGCAGCAAGCCCAACAGAUAGGUCCUCAUCGCUAAUAGAACAUAAACAAGUGUGAUGCUGAAAUGAGAUGAGGCUCCGAAAUGGAACUGUGGCCACCGUGUUAGUUUUCAUCACUACUUUCCUCAGUUUGUCUUGGUAUACUGCAUGGCAAAAUGGGAAAGAAAAGUUGAUUGCAUAUCAACGGGAAUUUCAUGCUUUGAAGGAACGUCUUCGUAUAGCUGAGCAUCGCACUCUGCAACGCUCUUCUGAGCUGAACGCUAUCUUGGAGCAGUUCAGGCGUGCAGUAGCUGAAACAAAUGGGAGUAAGAAUGCAAUGAAUAAUUUUUCAGAUGAGACGCUGAAAUUGUUAAAAGAGCUAACAAGUAGAAAAUCUCUUCAAGUGCCAAAUAUCUAUUACCAUUUGCCUCAUUUGUUGAAAAAUGAAGGAAGCCUUCAACCUUCUGUGCAGGUUGGCCUUGGAAGGACAGGAGUUUCCAUUGUAAUGGGAAUACCUACAGUGAAAAGAAAAGUCAAGUCUUACCUUACAGAAACUCUCCACUCCCUUAUUGAUAAGCUGUCCCCUGAAGAAAAACUGGAUUGUGUUAUGGUGGUCUUUAUAGGAGAGACUGAUCUUGAUUAUGUUAACAGUGUUGUUGCAAGCCUGGAAAAAGAGUUUUCUACAGAGAUGAAUUCUGGCUUGGUGGAAGUAAUAGCCCCUCCUGCAACUUACUAUCCUGACUUGACAAACUUGAAGGAGACAUUUGGAGACUCAAAAGAGAGAGUGAGAUGGAGGACAAAACAAAACUUGGAUUAUUGUUUUCUUAUGAUGUAUGCUCAGAAAAAGGGGGUUUAUUACAUUCAGCUUGAAGAUGACAUCGUUGUCAAGCAGAAUUAUUUCAGCACAAUAAAAAAUUUUGCACUUCAGCUCGCUUCUGAAGAUUGGAUGAUUCUAGAAUUUUCUCAGCUGGGUUUCAUUGGUAAAAUGUUCCAGUCUCCAGAUAUCACUCUUAUUGUAGAGUUCAUAUUUAUGUUUUAUAAGGAGAAACCUAUUGAUUGGCUGCUGGACCAUAUCCUCUGGGUGAAAGUGUGUAACCCUGAGAAAGAUGCCAAACAUUGUGAUCGACAGAAAUCUAACCUGAGGAUACGCUUCAGGCCUUCUCUUUUCCAGCAUGUUGGCCUCCACUCCUCUCUAGCAGGGAAGAUCCAGAAACUCACAGAUAAAGACUUUCUGAAACCAUUACUGCAUAAAAUCCACGUGAAUCCACCUGCAGAGGUUUCAACAUCUUUGAAAGUCUACCAGGGACACACGCUAGAAAAAACCUAUGUAGGGGAAGAUUUUUUCUGGGCUGUCACACCAGUUGCUGGGGAUUAUAUUCUAUUUAAAUUUGACAAGCCAGUCAAUGUAGAAAGGUACUUGUUUCACAGUGGCAAUCCAGAGCAUCCAGGAGACAUACUUCUAAACACAACUGUGGAAGUUUUGCCUUUUCAGAAUGAAGAACUGGUAUUAAGCAAAGAAACCAAAGACAAACGCUUGGAGGAUGGUUACUUCAGGAUAGGGAAAUUUGAAAACGGUGUAGCUGAAGGAACAGUUGACCCCAGCCUAAACCCUAUUUCAUCAUUCCGGCUUUCAGUGAUACAGAAUUCAGCAGUUUGGGCGAUUCUGAAUGAGAUUCAUAUUAAAAAGAUUACAAACUGAUCACAGAAAUAUGCUUUAGAGGAAAAAGAAAGAAUCCUUAAACUUUUCCAAUAAAAUCUGACAUCCUUAGCAAGUCACAAAUUGAAAAUACUGAGCAUGCACCUUAUUCCAAAUUUCUUUCAUUUUCACUUGAACUCUACCUCUUGUGAAAUCUACUGUAGAAGAGAAGAUUGUAUUGACCCCAUCUUACCUGAUCCAUCCAGAAACUGAUGCUCCACACUGAUAAUAUUCAUCUGAGGCUGAAGUUGUCCUCCACUUUAAUGUGACUUUACCAUCUUAUGGUUACAGAGCCCUGCUACGCUUAACCUGUACUAUUUUGAUAGUAUAGUGCUAUAGAGAAGUUGUACAUAUUGUUACAUUCCUUGAAGAAGAAGAAAAAAAAAUAUAAUUAUUGUUAAAUAUGUUUUAUGAAGGGGGUACUUUCGGAGUUCCAUUUAUUUUCUAUAACAAGAACCCUCUUUUAUAGACUGUCAGGGAUAUAUAUUAAAAAUGUUAGGGAUAUUUAAUUUAUUAAAAUAAUUUGAAAAGUACAUAUUUUUAUGCAGUAAAAUUUUAAAUUGAUAUAGUUUUUUUAUGAAUUCUCUAGUUUAAGUUAUCUUUCUACAUUUUUCUUUGGAGAUGCAAACAUAAAUUAAUACCAUAUUUCAAAUAUACUGCCAUGUUUAAAAAAACCCUAGAUUAAGUUUCUAAAUUAUGUAGUUUUGUACAUGGAAUCUGAAUGAUGUUCAGAGGCAUUAACAGAGUUCUGAAGAGCAUUUUUCUUUGGGGCUAUGAAAUUCCACUAUGUACAGUUUGUAGCCACAUGAAAAGCAUGCUGAAAUGUCUUGUUUCAUAUUACGUACAAAAUCUGCAGUGAUUUUAGAUUGAAUCCAUUGCAUUUUAGAAGAAUUUUUUCAAUUCCAAACAGUUCUUUCUAAAAAUCUUUGUAGACAUUUCCUAGCCUGGACAAAUUCAUUUUCUGUACUGAAACAAAAAGUCAUUCUCCAGCUUUGCUUUGGAGUGACAGAGGUUAACUUUGAUCAAAAGAAUUAAUAGUAGUUAGAUACAUUUGAUCUACAGAGGUCUCCUUUUAAAAAGUUCUGUUACCUCAUCGUGUAUUUUAGAUACAUUACAUACUCAUUACGGUGAGUAGUUACAGUUUAUUUUCUUCCAUUGGUCAAGAAUGAGAUUUCAGUUUCACUCCUUUGUGGAUCAGUGUUGUAAUUCGCGCUGACUUUUAAUAGGAACUGAAUUUGGCCUCAAGUUAGUACCCUGUCUUUUUGUUUCAAGGGAAACAACAGUGAUGUUAAAUAGAUCAGAAACUCAGGCAGGAACAGAAAGUGGUCUGGAUUAAAUCCAGAUUGGAAUUGUUGCAGUACUAAUGAUGCCACUGCUCUUAAAAGUCCUUCUGCUUAGGUGCUUAUGUGUAAGGACACGGGCGUGGGAAGAAUUAAGGUACCCAGUCAGAAAUGGUCAGGAAGAAGAGCAGAAAUUCCUCUCUUUAAAUAGGAACGAAGUGCCUGAUUGACACUGGAGGGAGGCAUCUACCCUGGCCCCAAGGGAUUCCAUGCUGUGCUGUGAACCAGCCUCCUGGAACUGACAUUUUGAAAGCUGGCCCAGUUUUCCCUGAGGAAAAAAACCCCCUCCACUAUCGCCAACAUAGAAUCACUUAGUUUGGAAAAGACCUUUAAGGUCUUUGUGGGCAGGGCACAGGUGCACAAAACCUGUUGCAGGGUCCCUGGUCUAGAGCAGGGGUCUUGAAUUCUUAUCUCCAGCAUCAAAGUUUGACUAACAGAUUUGGCCUCUUUUUCAUGACACAUUCAUAAGGACAGGAGCCUAAAUCUGACUCCCCGGCACUGCAAGCCAUCACCACUGGGAUACACAGCCAACCUGUCUUUCCUUCUGCCUUGUUGGAAAAUUGUGUUGUAGCUUUGACAGUUCAGAAAUAUUCUAGAGCUUAACUACUUCUACAGACCGUAGCCAUUUUGUUUUAGCUAUGUAGUCUGGGGACACAGGGAAGACAGAGCUUGUACACAGAGAUGAGACCUUCUGUGUAGACUGGCUGGUAUAAGUUGAAGAAAUGUAGAAAGCUACCAGGCAGGCCUUGCUUACAUUUUUGGAUUGCAUUGGGUGGUGUAAAUAAAAUGUUACUUGGAAAGCUCGCCUUGCCCGUAAAGACUGUGGGCAUAAGCUAGGCACUGGCCUCAUAAAUGGGGUUUAUUCUUGGAUUAGGAAUGUGGGUGAAUAGGCUCUGAGUCCUGUGUGAAUCUAACCUGUUGGGAUGCCACAGCCCCACUUGUCGUACAUGAUGCCAUCCCAUCAAAGUAUUGCCAUGUGAUGGCUUUUCAUCACACGUUAUGUAGCAGAGGUCUAAGCAAGUAUUUAGGUUUUCUUCUCAGCUGUGCCUGUGAAUGAAUGAUGUAAUUCAAACCCUAGCUAUUUAUUACAAUUUAGAUUGCAGAAAUAUGGUAGACAUUGCAGUUCUUAAUAGAAGUAGCUUUGCUGACAGCGACUCUUAUCUUUUUCCAUGAGUUCAACAGUUUACUGGUACCACUUACUCAAGAAAGCUGUGUGCUUAUUCUCCAAGUAUCGCUGUUCUGGAUGUUUCACACUAGUUGAGGUGAAUCAUUGCUAAUGAAUUUAAAUAUCUAGAACCCUGACCACAGUGAUUGUAGGACUCUGGUUAACAGUGUACUUAGUUUUCAAAAAUGGUGAGAUGAGAUUUAUCAAAGACAACAAAUUAACUAGUGCUUGGCAAAAUAUGUGAGGGUUUUUCUAAAGAUUGUUGCAUUUUUAUUACGUCAUACUAGCAGGAGUUGGAAAUACUCCAGGCUGCUCUAACACUUUAAAUGUUCCUGAGCUUUUACGUUCUCUAAAUAAAUGUGCCACAUUAAUACAAAUUAUGUUUUGUAAAUUCAGACCUGGUGUAAUCAGUUCCACAAAUUUCCUUGGAGAUUUUGUUGAGAAAUAGAAAAAGCAGGGAAAAUAUUUUCUAUCUGCUUAUUUCUGCAGACAGCUGUUUUGGGCUUUCUGCCUUUCAAAUUCCAAUCCUUAAGUCUGGGUUAAGUGGUGCAAGUCUCCUUCCUGGAGUUACAGUGAAAUGGGAAUGCUUUGGCUCAGCAGUCAUUAGCUUGGGCACUGUUUAUGGUGGGUGUGCGCCAGAGGGAUUGGUGUCUCUUGCAUGUCUCAGUCGUAACUUACAGUAUUACCACAACAGUUCCUCAGCAUCUUAAACCUAUUGCCUGGUAUUUGGGAAGUUUUUUCCUACCUGUAUUUAAUUUCAAGUUAUUUUUGUUGUGGCCUUACAAAUCCCCUCUAGGCCACUGAAUCUUAUAGUAAUCAAGUCAUGGAAAGUGUUUCAGAAUAAACUGCAUUAUCCUAUGAUCCCAUAUUCCUAUCAGCUCCUUCUGAUGCUGUUAAAGCUCCAGAAAAGGGAACUUUGUGAAGCCAAAGGCGUUACCAGAAACCUUUGUUAUCUGAGCAAAUUAUUCAUAGCUUCUUAUACUGGAUGCCAAACAGGCUGGCUGGUAUGAAUGCUGGCUUUUCCAAGCUGAGGAGGCUUGCUCUGGAGCAAGGAAAUAGAAAAGACUUGGUAUGACCUUGCUUUGCUUAUUCAGUGGGUAGUCCUCCUGAAAGCUUUGUAAAUAAUGUGAACAGGAUGUGAUCCCGAAGUAGCACUUUUUCUUUCUUAAUUAAGGAGUGUUUCUAAAGCACUGUAUAAGGCUUUGCGCUUUUGCAGGCAUCUCAACCAUGCAUUUGCAUCUAUAAAAAAUAUUCCUAUAGAUAAAUUUGGUUUUUCUUAACUGAAAGGUGGCUUAGAAAAAUUCCAACAGAUAAACAUAUGAUUCAUGGACCAGUCAAAGGCUGGACUCUUCUGUCGUAUUGCUGCUUGUACCAAGAGUUAAAAAUGUUUCAAAAGCAGUCGGUUUAGAGCAAAGCCAUUUAUACUUUGCCCAUGUGAUACACAAUUCCUUGAAUGGGCUGGAGUACGUUUAGUCUUUGGCAAAACUAAACAACUAUGUAACAUUUUUCCUUCAUUUUUUUUCCUAAGUGUAUUAUCUUUUCAGUAAUCUCUGGGUUUUGUUGGAAAUAUUUGCUCCAGAUGAAGUGUUGUAGUAAUUUGUAGUUUGCUUCCAACUUGGACAAUACUAUUUUAGUCUUCAGGUGGGGAGAACAAACCUUGACCCCCUGAAAUAAAUUAACCCCAAGUUCUACAUUUGUUCUUAGUAGGAACUAUGUAUUCUGAAAAAGCUAAAGCGAGUAACUGUAGUAGAAAGGGGAAAAAGCCCUUGUGUUUUUAAAUCAUUCUUUGCUGUCAAUCACCAGCAUAAUGCUAAAAGGCUAUUAAUCAAAUAACUGGUGUUUUCAGGCUAGCAUUGAUUGUUGAUGUAAGAAAUUGGUCUUUGAGCGUCACUUUUCUUACCUUAGUGGCCUCUUAAGGGUUUUGCUGAUUUCUGCUGUAAACAGUGAGCUGCUGGAACUUUUGAAGUAGCUUAAUUUUGAGACCGAUGAAGUCUUUCUUCAAGAGGACAAACUUUGAUAUCCCUAAAGGGAAGGUACACAAGCCCCAAGUCCUUCAUUGAUUUCACUGACAUUGCACCAUGGGGCAUUAUGUAUGAAGUAUUUUCACUGCUGAAGUGAACUGGGUGAUCACUGGUGCUGAAUUCCUGUUAGGGAAAAGGUGUACAGUUGGGCUGCAGCUGCCUGCAGGCCAGGAGCUUGUGCCAGUAGUCGGGGUGAGAGCAGGUCCUAAAUGGAAUCCUUUGCCUUCCAUGGAUCAGUGCUUUCGUUGUUAAAACGGGAAUGUUGCUCAGCAUCCGCUGAGAGGAGAACAUGAUUCUCUUCAAGCCUUAACAGUGGCUGAAACACAGAGUACUGUAAGAUGCACUGCCAGCGUAUUUGGUAUUCUAAGAUAAAUAUAGUCUUUCCUUAAAGAUCAAAUUCUAGUAUUGAAAUGUCUUACUGUAACCAGUUUAUUCUUGUGUUGUUCUGGAAACUGAAUCCUAGUGCUCAUGUUUCAUACUGAACACUGCUUUGGAAAGUUGUCAUCUCCCUUUUCCAGAAGGUAGCAUUCGAGAUGGUUGGUUUAUACCCCUGCCUUGUGGCCCUUAUAGCUGCAGGCAUUGCCAUGAGCCCACCCUUGUAGCCAAAUGAAACUUGUACUUUCCUUCUGUGCUCACUGACCUGCCACGUGUAAGGGUGGAUGUUAGAAUAGAGAUUGGUUU